AUGGGGCUUCCAUGUCUUUUCUGCUGGCUCUUGAUUCUGAGUGUCUGUCCCACUGUAAGGUCCUGUCUGCAGUGUGACCUAGUGGUUCGUUAUAUACACGAAGAUUUCCUUUCGUCAGUAAAAGACAUCACUGUCAUCGAUCAGAUUGGACUGAAUGAUAUCAUUGAUCAUGCUUACGUCAACUAUCGGGAGACCAGUAGAUCGUUUCGUGGUGUUAUUGACCCUACAACACUAUAUCGGGCACGAACAGAAUAUCAGAGUGAGUUCAAGAGGCAUUGGAAAGAAGACAGGACAGGUUCUAUUCAGUGGGAUAUGAUAAAUAUAGUGGAAAAAGGGAAGAGAAUCCUUCAGAAACAUUUGGACCUUUUUGUUGCCCAAGGUCUGUGUCCAAAUAAAUGUGGGCUGUUCUAUCAGCGAGUGAUGAAUUGCUCUUCCUGUCAAUAUGGGCUUUUUCCAUGUCUAUCAGCUACACCCCCAUUAGACUGUGGAGAGCAUAAUCUGGAGGCAGACGAGGGAGAGGAGGUGGUGCUGGACUGUUUCCUGCCUUGGCACACUCUGGUAGUUGGACAGACUGAGUACCAUUACUCUUGGCAUCCUGCAGAAAAUAAUCUGUCACAUGAAGGGGAGUAUGAAGUGCUGGUAGUAAGUGAGGAGUCUAAAAUUGUCCUCAAUCAGCUGAGGCUCAGCGAGCAAGGCAUGUACCGCUGCCUUCUACAGGAUCAAACGGGCACUACACUGUCCCGCAUUUAUUUCAGAUUGCAAGUCAUCCCACUGCCGUCUUCAACCCCUAUACUGAUCGUGACGUUGCCUUCUCUGCCUGUGGGUUAUGACUCCACAUUUCCCGGCCUUCAAAGGAACACUGUCCUCAUUGUAAUGAUUUUACUGACAGUACUCAGCAUCAUAGGCAGUCUGUUCAUCAUACUGUACCUCGGAGUGACCAUGAAGCGACAGAAAGAGAGAGACAGCAGGAGAGGAGAGAGGGAGGAUACAGAAAACAGAGGUGAUGACUGA